AUCACGAAAGAGAAUUCGAUGAUAAAAUAGUACAGCAUUCCCAAAACAUUCCCUCUUUCCACGAUUUGAGCUAUAAGGAAGAGAAACGUGACGAAAUACAGAGAGAAAUAAUUCAAGUCCUCCGACAAUGGUGGUGCGUCGGGUUUUAUGAAUUGCAAUUUAUUUAAUCUGCAUACAAUUCGAUGGAAAUGCCUGGAAGGCGAUCUGAUUACGCUCUAUUAAGUCAGAAUCCCGGCGAACCAUUCUAUCCCCGGUCGCCACCGAAGCCUGUGCCUCAACGGCCUCUUUACUCCGGCGAGAAGGCUAAUUUGAUGUUUGAUCGAAUUAAUCAGGCGCAGAGUGGGAGCAGCUUCGGUGAGAGCUCGGUCGAUAUUAGUAUUAAUUUGAGUGAUGGAAUUGGUGAAUUCAGAGGCUGGUCGUCUUCGAAAAGCUGGGCUCAGCAGACGGAGGAGAGCUACCAGCUGCAGUUGGCUUUGGCUAUUCGACUCUCGUCGGAGGCUACAUGUGCUGAUGAUCCUAAUUUUUUGGAUCCCGUGCCUGACCAAGCGGCGUCCGUUGCUUCUUCCUCACCUGCCUCUGCGGAGGCCAUUUCUAAUCGAUAUUGGAGAAAUGGUUGUUUGUCAUAUUUUGACCGAGUACCUGAUGGAUUUUACAUGAUUCAUGGAAUGAAUCCAUAUGUUUGGACUGUGUGCUCUGAUCACCGGGAAAGUGGCCGCAUUCCUUCCCUUGAAUCAUUAAGGACCGUUGAUCCUGCCUUUGUUUCUUCAGUUGAAGUGAUUUCAGUAGAUCGACGAGGUGAUCCCAGCUUGAAAGAACUGCAGAAUCGAACUAAUAACUUGUCUUCUAGUUGCAUCACCACAAAGGAAGUUGUUGAACAGCUAGCAAAGCUAGUUUGUAAUCAUAUGGGGGAUGCAGCGUGUAAUGGGGAAGAUAACUUGGUCACCCCUUGGAAAGAGUGCAGUUAUGAGUUAGAAGAUUGCCUGGGUUCAGUAGUUCUCCCUAUCGGCAGCCUGACGAUUGGCCUUUGCCGACACCGCACACUGCUAUUCAAAGUUUUAGCUGAUGAUAUUGGCUUACCAUGUCGAAUUGCAAGGGGGUGUAAAUAUUGUACCAGAGAAAAUGCUUCGUCGUGCCUUGUUCGCUUUGGGUUUGACAGGGAGUAUCUUGUCGAUUUAAUUGAGAAACCAGGAUGCUUAUAUGAGCCCGAUUCCUUACUGAACGGUCCUUCUACUAUCUCAAUUUCGUCACCUUUAUGCUUUCCACAGUCACAGGUGGAACCUCCAACUAAUUUUAGGCUGCUGGCCAAACAGUUCAUCUCGGAGAUUCAGUCUCUUAAUUCUGAGUUUGAUGGUUCUUUAGCAGCCGGAAUUGUUAAUAAAGGAAGUACUGACAACUCCAUGCAUCCAAACCAAUCAGAGGGGAACCACAUGGAUAGAACCAGCUGCCUGCCCAGUUCAAGCAACCGGGAGAAUAUUUCUAUCACACCACAAUAUGCCACAAAUUCUUGGAUCAAAGUUCACGGUCAAAACCAAUUGCUUUCCAGACCAUCCGACUUUCAGAAAGUUAUGGGCUCCUCAUAUACAUUCGAACACCCGAUCCCUUUGAAGCUUCUUCCUCAUACGGGGCAUGAAACUGCUCAAUUUGUUCCCUUCAUGAAUCCAAGAAUAGAAAGAAGUAAAAAUGCAAGGUUUGGUGAAGGAGGUCAAUUAGUCCCAUGUGAAUCAAGUGAAUAUAUCUUCUAUGUGGAUGAUUUAAACAUUCCAUGGAGUAACCUUGUUUUAAAGGAGAUAAUUGGGGCAGGUUCAUUUGGAACAGUUCAUCGUGCUGAGUGGAAUGGAUGUGAUGUUGCUGUAAAAAUUCUCAUGGAACAAGACUUUCACGCAGAGCGAUUUAAAGAGUUUAUACGAGAGGUGGCAAUUAUGAAACGACUGAGGCAUCCAAAUAUCGUGCUUUUUAUGGGUGCUGUAACAGAACCACCUAACUUGUCUAUAGUUACGGAAUAUCUAUCAAGAGGUAGUCUGUACAGACUUUUGCAUAAACCUGGUGCAGGAGAGGUGCUAGAUGAAAAACGCCGUCUGAGCAUGGCUUAUGAUGUGGCGAAAGGGAUGAACUAUCUUCACAAACACAAUCCUCCAGUUGUUCAUCGAGACCUGAAAUCUCCCAAUCUUUUAGUUGAUAGAAAAUAUACUGUGAAGGUCUGUGAUUUUGGUCUUUCCCGUCUAAAAGCAAACACAUUUCUUUCAUCCAAGUCUGCUGCUGGAACUCCUGAGUGGAUGGCACCUGAAGUUCUCCGUGAUGAACCAUCAAAUGAAAAAUCAGAUGUGUACAGUUUUGGUGUUAUUUUGUGGGAGCUGGCAACAUUGCAGCAACCUUGGGGUAACCUGAAUCCUGCACAGGUUGUGGCAGCCGUUGGUUUUAAAGGAAAAAAAUUGGAAAUUCCUCGAGAUGUGAAUCCUGAGAUAGCAGCCAUUAUCGAGGCCUGCUUGGCCAAGGAAUCCUGGAAAAGGCCCUCCUUUUCCAGUAUCAUGGAAUCAUUGAAACCAUUGAUUAAGAAUUCACCACCAUCUCAGCCAGGUUCCGCUGAAAUGCCUUGGCUCUUGUGAACUUGUGUGAAUCCAGGAAGAGUGGCGCUUUUAUUUUUUCAUUCGGUUUGAUUUCAGACUGGAAGAAAGGUCAUAUUAUGUAAGGCCAGGCCUCCUUGUAAAUAUGAGAAUCCGCAUCAUGUUUUGCAAGUCGUUUAUAUUUUCUUUUUUGGCUGUGCAAUGCCACAUUGGCAAAUGUAUGUAUUUAUAAAUCAAGGAAAUAUGUGUGUGGAUCAAUAGCAGUUUGCACCAUCUUGUUCAAUAAACAUCACCAUUCUCUACGGUGAUGAUGGGUUAGAGUGCGUUGUCUCGGCAACCACUGCAGAACUCAUGGUGUUUCAAAAACACAUACUUCCUCAUCGUUCUAGGGAGGGAAGCAAUGCUUCUGCUACCUCACCUCA